AUGGACACUAAACGGAAUUUACUUCAAAAUCUUGGAGAAUUAGAAGUUUACUUAUUAUUGCAAAAUGCUAAAUUGUUACAAUAUUUUGAUGCAUUCAUAAAUCAUGGUGGUGAUGAUAUUCAACAAUUAGUUGACUCAUUAAAAGAUCCCAAAGAAUUUGAUCAACUUAUUAAAAUUGUUGGAAUGGAUAAAAAACCAUUACAUAUUCAAAGAUUUAAAAAAGCACUUAUUGAAUAUUCAACACAAAACGCCGCAUCAUUCAAUCGUCAAAGUUUAAGCAAUGAAUCAAAAUCAAGUGAUACAUAUUCUCCACUGGAAGGAUCCACCUUAAAUAUUGAUUAUCACAAUACGAGUAAUACAUCUACCAAUUCUAAUUGGUGUUCAUUUCUACCACCAUUGAAUUCAGGCUUAAAUAUAUUACCAUAUCAAUCAAUAAUCAAUUCAUUACCUUCAACACAAUGUAUUCUGCCGAAUAAUUCAUUAAAUUUUAAUCCUUUGUUUAAUCAAUGGGCAAUAUUGAGUAAUCCACAAAAUUAUCCUCUACUUCAAUCUUUAGCUAUGGGUAUUUCGAAUCAACCACUUUCAACACCAGUAAAAUGUAUGGAUGCAAAUGACCAUAGAUUCAUGAAUUCGUACAAUCAAGAUGAAAUAUGCAAUCCAACCAUUGCAGGAUUAUCUAAUCAUACUCACUCACUGGUACAAUCAACUUCAUCAAAAAAACAACAACAUCAAGAAGAGAAUAUUCACAAAAUUAGUGAAACAAGUCAAUCACGAACUAAAAACAGUCAAUCAGAUAGUCCUAUUCUAUCACGAAAUAAUUCUUCAUAUUCCUUACAAUUAUCACAACCUGAAAAUGUACACCCAUCUCCUAUGAUCUCUCAUAGUGCAGAAAUCGAUUUGACAACAACAGCAGCAGCAGCAGCAACAACAACAACAACAACAAGUGCACACAUUAGUGUGUCAAAACUUAUUGCAACUGAAAAUUACACAGAAGAUGCAUUCAAAAUACGUCCAAGUGCAACUUUAAUGAAAUCAGAUUAUUUAAAAUUAGAAAUCGCGAUUACUGCAUUACUGCCAUAUUUACCAAAAUUUCAAAUUAGAAAAUCUAACAAUUCACGAAAUACAAAUGAACAGGAAAUACAAGAGAUUUUAAAAUUACCAGAAAAUGAUCAAAAUCGUAUGAAUGGAUUACGGAAACAUUCAUUGAUAUUUGGACGAACCGAUACAGUUAAACGUUUAAGUCGGCCAUUACGACAUUUUGAAAUAACAAUUAAUGAAAUAACAUUUCGUUUAGUCCAACAAAUUCCUGAGUUGGUUACACAACGAGAACAUUUAUUUCAUAUUGCACGUCAAAUAGUCAAUAUUAUGAAUUAUGGUUUAAGUGCAAAUCAAAAUGGUCAGGUUACUUGGAAAGUAUUGAAAGAAGAGUUAUCGAAAAAGUCGACUACUGGUUGCAAAUUGUCAAAUUCGGAUGAUGAAUGUACAUUUGAAGCGAAUGAAACAGAAUAUUCAAAUGAGACAUUGAUUCAGAAACUCCUUCAAUUGAAAUUAGAAAUGCAAGAUGUUGUAAAUAAAGAAGUUAUAUUGCGUACUAAAGUUCGUUCUACUGGUAAAGAUUUACCAUCAACAAGGCAAACGAACAGUGUACGUGGUGAUUUGGAUCAACUUGUGAACCAGUUACAUCGAUGUAUUACUAAAACAGUUAAAUAUAUUAUUCUAUUAAGAAGUGCUCAAAAUGGAGAACCAGAAAGAAAUGAAUCACUUAUGUACUCUUCAUCACCUAAUAAUAAUAACAAGACUGAUAAAAGUAAUAUCUGA